AUUGAAGUUGUUGGACGUGUGUUUGCUUUGUCGUCGCGAAAUUUGUUUUUGUGGUGGAAUACAAAGAAAGCAGGAGAAAUACAAAUCGUUCGUGCAAGGUUCGCGGCAGUGAAUACACGCGUAAAUACACUAGAAGUGGCUCCAGCAACCGCAGUCUGCCUGCCCUGUGUACCCUUGCAUAUACACACUGUUUGGGCGCGUCUCUUUUUGUUCCUUUACGAGUGUGUGUGUAUGUGUGACUUCGCUGUGUCUCGUAUCUCGCCUUUCGGAUAGCCAAAGCAAAGCACCAGUUAAUUUAUAUAUAUUUGAAAGAUUGGCGACGAAACAACAAAUAUGCUGGCUAAAUAUUGAAACAAGUGUCGCCGAAUUGUGAUUUCUCGGCUUCGAACGCGUCGGGCAAAUUUUCACACGCAUACACAGCCAGCCACUACACACUCACACUGGCAUACGCGGAGGAGAACCGAAACGAGAUUUUGCAAGUCGCGUCCCAGUAUUGGUGUCCGCAAUUUCGGUGUAGUAGUGCAGUGCUUGUGCAACUACGAUACUCAAUUGUUUAUUGCUGGGCAUAGCUGGAAACCCAAGCCCAAACCGAAUAGCGGGGAGAGUGCAGGCCAAGCCAGUCGAAGCUACAAUAGUUAUGCGAGCUCAUUAGGGUGUCGCAGCGGCCUUUCCACCUGCCCCAGCGUUUGCGUCUGUGUCUGUGACUGUGACCGUGUGCGAAUGAAUCGCAGUGAUAAUAAUAGGAAUUUCUUUUCGAGCUGUUUGUGAUUUCCAACGCGAGAGAAAAGCCACAAGUGAAAGCAGUAGCGAACCCUACUUAUCUGCGCUAAUUGCCAUCGCCUCAGCCUCCGAUUCUGCCAGCAGCAGCUCAUCAGUAGUGGAUUACGUCGAAACUGGAUACCCGAGGACACUGUGAGCCACACGACAAUAGCAGAAACCGAAUAUGAGGGCCACCACUUGCUCCGUGCCAGUAAGCACAGGCGAGCAGUUGGACAGCUGAGAAGCCGACGCCGGCGAACAUGACUCAGAGCGAUACUCUUCACUCCGGAGCCCGUAGGCCGUAGCCCAUUGCAAUGGAACACGAAGCAAUUCCAAGGUUGUGCCACACCGACCUGCGUAUCUAGCCACUUAAGUCUUAAGUCCACUCAAGAACCGAGGAAAGCCAAGGAGGCCCUCCCAACCGCACCUCAUCAAAGCAAUCAAAAUGAACUCCGUCAUAUCCGCAUUUAAGGGAAAGAAGAGCAGCUCGGCGAGCAGCAAUCCGCCGAACGGGGCAGCCAACGGCGUCGUGUCCGGGGAGACCAAGCAGAGCCACGGCGGUGGCCUGAGCAUCAGCAUAGCCAGUGUUGGUGGAGGUGUGGCCAAGAAGAAGCCGGUGGCCCAGAGCAGCGGUUACCAAUACCUGCGGCACAUACGGGAGAUUGAGACGGCCAACAAGUUGCUCUCGCCCGUCGUUGUGGUGGCUGAGGAUAGGCCGGCCAGUAAAGUGAGCUCAGCGCCGUCUGUCGAUGUCGUGGACCACUGCUUGCCACAUACAGUGCGAUUGUCCAGCCCCGAGGCGCUCUCCGACUUCAAUAUGAACGGAAAGGCCGUCGCAACCGGCGAGAAUGCGAAUCUCGAGGCAACGGAAACCUGGAACUGUCCGCAGGUGCCGCCAGCUGCGACGACCGACGACGAUGACCUAUCCGAGCACUCGACGGCCGCCUGCACCAGCACCAGCAGCUCCAGCGAGCACAGCAACAGCACCGUGGUGCACAGUCCGACGGUGGCGGAAAGCACUUCCGCAUCUGGCUCCGGAUCAGCGUCAGCCAGCGCGUCGAUGAGCCAUCCCAGCCCAAGCCUGAGUCUGCACAGCAUCUCAUCUGCCACCUGCGGCAUGGGCAGUCCGCAUAGCCACUCGUCGCUGGCCAUCACCGGCGAGCCGCACUCCACCUCCACCACAACCCUGUCCUCCCUGGGCUCGGACGGAGGCAACGGAAAUGGCAACGGCAACUACAUACCCGCCUUCCUGAUGGCUGCCCCAGUCACGCUGCCCAUCGGUGGCCAGAUGCCCACAUCGGUUCCGGGCGCCAGCUCCGCUGCCAGCACGCCAAAGCACACGCGCUACUCCAAGCCACGCCUUAGUCUGAGCCGCGUCUUCAACCACUCGAUGCCCUCGGUGCACGGUCGCCCCAAUCUCAGCGUGGCGCAGUCUGGAGAUGGUGUGCCAGCGACCGCCGCCGGAGGGCCUGCGAAUCCCCCGAAGCGCAUAUCCACGCACCAAAGAAACCUGAGUCUGGAUUUCAGGUCCAUGGGAAUACUGCUGCCGCCCGUCUCGCAGGUAACCAACACGCGCAUCAAUCACACUCAGCACCACCGGAACCGGAGCCUGGACAGCGCCCUGCAGCGCAUCCCAGAGGUCGAGGUGUCAUCUCCAAAUGCCGAGAGCGAGAACACGUUCUGCUCCCCGUCCAUUCUCGGUGCAAAUAUGUGCUCGAAGAUUGCCACCACAGCAGCGAGUGUAACGGCAGCCCUCUCACCACCAGUCCUCCCCACGCCGGCCCUGAUGUCCGUGGCCAGCACGACGCCAGCGUCCACGGCCACGACCGCAACGAAGGGUCACAUCCUGUCCUCACAUCCAGUGGCGAAGCAUCAGCAAUCGAUCGGCUUGACGGCCGCUUCUAGGUCCAGUGCCGUUGUCGAGUCCUGUCCCACGCUGCGGAUGCGCCCCAAGUCCAGCGAAUCGGUGGCAGCGAAUGGACAGGAGAUUAUUGGCGGCAUCGUGAGCGGUACCACCAACGGCGGCGGCGGCAGCAGCAGCAACAACAGCUGCAGCAGCGCCGGCAGCAGUAAGAAGCGAGAGGAUCUCACCAGUCUCGGGUCGGACGACUCUGGCAUUAUCUGUGGCUCGGAGUCGGACCAAAUAUCCCUGAAUCGCAUAUGCCACUCACAUGAAUCGCUCGAUUCGGGCGAGAUGGAUGCGGACGCCGAUGCGGAUGCCGAUGCUGAAGAGUGCGUGGACCUUAUGGAGACGACGUCCAUCGACGAGGAGUAUAAUGACCACCUGUGCUUCUUCCCAUCACCCGCAGCCCAGUCUAGCUCCGCGCUGGACUGCGCCACCCUGCGACCCUCCCGCAAGGCAAAGCGACAGCUUCAGUCUGCCCUGGAGGGACAGAGGGGGGAUGAAGACACUGGAAAUGCGGACCCUGACGUCGAUGAUCGGACCCGGUAUCGCGUUAUGAACAUGUCCCAAGCAGCCAUCAAAGUGGAACUGGAUGCAGCUUCAAACGAAAUCGAACCAGUGGUGUACGACGAUCAUGACGCAUGCUUGAAACACGUCACGGACGCGGACUCAUCAGCUACUGCAGCAGAAGUUCCCACUCCCAGUGCCCCUGCAGCAACAACGCCGGCUACGCCUUCAGCUACCCCUACCCCGACUGCCACGCCAACGCCCACGCCGACCGAGAGUACGAAGAACGACCAGGUGCUCUUUAAGAACUUCUUCGGGGCCACGAAAAACGCCAUCUUCCGUACGGCCCAGAGCAUCAUAGAGAACCACGAGAAGAAGAACGCAGCCAAGCAAAAAGAGCAACCGGAUCAAACUGCUGCAGCUGGUUCAGUGCCCAUAGCGAAUUCGCCCAGCGGUGGAAGCCCGCCCCAGCAGGACCAAAUCAAGUCGCCCACGGACAUUUCCAAGAAAAAGGAAUUCUUUAGCCUGCUCACAUCGAAUUCAAGCAAAAAGGCCGCAGCCGCCGCGGCAGCAGCUGCUGCAAACUCUGCUGCCAACACACCCGUCGCCACUCCCACCGAGUCGGUGGCGCAAUCGGCGACCGUGGACUCGAAGAGCCAACAGCUGUCGGACACAGCUGGUGAUGUAAAGGCAAAAGAGCAUGUGCGCACUCUGAACCUGCGUCUUCCCGGAGCUGACAGCGAUGUCGCCAAUGAGGCUGCCCUGUCCAAGUGCUCCUCAAUCAACUCGCUGCAUAAGCUGAAGCUUCCUGUUCCGGGUGUCGUCAAGUACUUCAUCAGCGAGCGGACGCCAAUGUCGUCGGACGUGCUCCAGAAGCCGGAAAAGGGCCAGAGCGGGCUGUUACGAUUCUUCGAGUCGCCGGUCUUCAACAUACACUUCGCCGUGCACUACUUGUUCUACUCGAAGGAGCCGGGAGUUCUGAGCUUCAUUGGCAACAAGAUCUUUAGCUUUCCCGACCAGGAGGUCGACCUGUAUAUUCCGCAGCUGAUUGUCAUGUACAUUCAAAUGGACGAACUGGCUGAGGUGCUGGACCCGUACUUGACCAUCCGCUGCCGCAAAUCCGUGGACUUCUCGCUGAAGUGUCUGUGGCUCCUCGAAGCCUACAACUAUCAGGUGGACUCAUUGGGAAACUCGCACAGUGGCUCCCGGAAGUCCAAGCUGGCGCUGAUGAAGGAAAUAUUUUCGAAAAGGGAGCAGAAGCAGGCGCAUAACGAACUCAAGACAUCUGGCGGCGGUGAGCCGAGAUCGGUAGUCGCCUUCGCCAAAAAGACGCACCACCGCUCCCAGUCCGACGCUACUGUGCUGCUAGCAGACUCGCGUUCCCCGCACACACUCAGUAUAUCUCACCGUAUGUACCAGCAGCCGCCGUACACCACCCAGACCCUACCGACCACUCCCGCCAAACUGUGCCUCGGGGAUCUGACCUCGGGCCACGCCUUCGACAAUGGCUGCACUUGUUUUGAGACGGUGCGCGGCCAAGUAAACGGUUUGCUUGGUCAGAGGACUCUGUGCAGCUGCGGAGCUCCCAAGACAGCGCCCCAGAAAGAGUUCAUGCGGGCGCUAAUGAACGUUGGCAAGAACCUCACCUCAUUGCCAUCCAAAGCGGAAAAAACUUCGGCGCUGCGGAUGUUCCUCAACCUGAUCAACAAGAAUCUACCCGCCAGAGUCUGGCUGCCGCUCUACUCGGACAUACCCCACCACGUCGUUCGCAUUACAGAGGAGAAGACCGCUGUGCUCAACUCGAAGGACAAGACUCCCUACAUCAUAUACGUGGAAGUAGUGGAGGUCUCUGACAUCUACACCUCCCCGCUUAUACCCAAGAUGAUGCCGUCGCUGAGGCACACGAAGAGCGAGGAGCAUCUGGAGGGGUCCUGCCUGAACUCGCACCACCACCUUAGCUGCAGCCGUACCUCCAGCUGUAGCAGUAGCCAGCAGGGUUCCAGUUGUCGGCGGAAAAAGCCCGCGGAAGGAGGGGACGCUGGCGGAUGUGGGGACACAGGCGCUCACAACUGCUGCGGCAACGCACUUUCUCUGGGCGGACUUCAGGUCCACGAAGAUGAUGUGUGGUCGCAGGAGGACGACGAGAUAACAGCGCAGUACCUAAACAUGCGCAAUCUGAGCGAGCGUGACACCAUCUCACAGAUGUCGCUAGACUCGUGCGAUUCGCGGGACCAAGGACCACCAGUUGUCUUCAAUAUCGGCGAUGUACGUUCUCGACACUGCAGCAACCUAAGCUGCGAGAACACCAAGUCGUUCAGUAACGACCCAGAAGAUCCCUCGGCAGCAGCACUAAAGGAGCCAUGGCACGAAAAGGAGAAGCUCAUUCGGGAGUCCUCACCCUAUGGUCAUUUGUCGAACUGGCGGCUGCUGUCCGCCAUCGUAAAGUGCGGGGAUGACCUGCGCCAGGAGCUAAUGGCAACCCAGUUGCUACAGAUGUUUAAGAUCAUAUGGCAGGAAGAGCAAGUGGAUCUGUGGGUGCGACCCUAUAAGAUCGUCUGUCUGUCGAACGACAGUGGGCUCAUUGAGCCCAUCCUCAAUACGGUGUCCCUCCAUCAAAUAAAGAAGAACUCCAACAAGUCAUUGAGAGAUUACUUCAUCGACGAGUACGGCACACCAACGUGCGAGAGUUUCCGCCGGGCGCAAAAGAACUUCGUUCAGAGCUGUGCGGCCUACUGCCUCAUUUCGUAUUUGCUGCAAGUCAAGGAUAGGCAUAAUGGGAAUAUACUGUUCCACUCGGACGGGCACAUCAUACACAUUGACUUUGGCUUCAUCCUGAGUAUAUCUCCAAAGAACCUGGGUUUUGAGCAGUCGCCGUUCAAGCUUACGCCGGAGUUCGUUGAGGUCAUGGGAGGCACCAGCUCGGAGCACUGGAGGGAGUUCAACAGGCUCUUGUUGGUCGGGAUGAUGUCAGCCCGAAAGCAUAUGGAUCGUAUAAUUAAUUUUGUGGAGAUCAUGCGCAGCAAUGCUCAUUUGCCAUGCUUUAAGAAUGGAUGCUCCGGAACCGUGCAGAAUCUCCGAAAACGUUUUCAUAUGAAUUUAACCGAACAGGAAAUGGAACGAAAGGUAGAGCAGCUUGUGCAGGACUCCCUGAAGAGCCUGUCAACGAAACUGUACGAUGGUUACCAGUACUACACGAAUGGCAUAUUGUGAGAGCGGUUUUUUAUGAAAAUCUAAAGGGCAAAUGCUGGUAGCCAAAACUAUGGACUGACUUUUUUGUAAAGGAAUUAUUGUAUAUUAUAUAAUAUUUGUGUAAUUAUCAGCGACGAAAAAAACUAGAAACAAAAAGAAUGAAAUUGUACCAAACCCAAAUCUGUUAUCGUAGCUUAAAUCGUUCGUUGUAUGCGUUUGCAUUGUUGAAUUAGCGUAAUGUGUAUGUUGUCUAGAUUCUAAGAAGCAAUGUGUAAAUGUUUUGCAUAUAAUUUUAGAUUGUCUGAGUGAGAGAACCACGAGUGUCGUCAGUCUGUUAUUCCAUUUCGAACUUCACCAUCAGCUUGUAUAUAUAACUACGAUUUCCAAUAACCAGGCCUACAUUUUGAUAAUUCUUUCGGUUGCUAUGAUUAGCAAUUAUCUAUAAAUAUCCCUAUCUAAAUUUUAUACUCUGGCGCUUUGUAAUUUAACUAAUCAGUCUACUAAUUAUUAAAACAUCUAAUUCCACUAUUUAGCCUUAAGCGUAGCUUUAAGCGUUGCUGCAGCUUACAGUUUUAUUACAGCAAUAUAAUCGUUAAGCAGAAACAUUUGAUUAAACAAAUUUACAUCAUUUUAACCAGAAUAUGCCACUAUUACAUACAAAAGCAAACACAAAACGUUCAAAUCGCAGUCAAAUUUAUUUGUAUUUGCCUAUCUAACCAAUUAUAUAGUAAAGAGAAACCCCAUAACUAAACCUAAUAAUUUUCCAAUUUAAUAUACUUAUACUUGUAAGCUAUUGCGGUAGAGAAACCGGAGCAAAUCAAAGCAUACGAAACAGUACUAAAAAAGAUAAACAAAUAGCUAGGCACUGAAAGUGAACAAUUUCAAGUUUGUAAAAAGGGCGCAUUGAAAGAUUACCUUACAUAUAGUACAUGUAAGUUAGGUUGCACGCAAACAUUAGCUACAAGUAUUUGAAAAUGUAAAUCAUAUUUCUACACACUUUAUUAAGUAAAGAAAAAAUAAAUGAGCAUAUUGAUAUACAACAAACACAA